CUCUACUUCGCCGGUUGACUACUAGUACGGCUGUAAAAAGGUGUUGUCGCCUGCUUUUUUCUUCCGUACAUCCAUCAUCCAUCCCUGCUUCCAUCAGAUCUCCGUACGGUACUUGUUUGUCCUUCAAUUGUCGAUGUUGUUGACUUGUGGUACAUGACCGGCACCACUGUUGCUUUACUAGCUAGUAGUACGUUAGCCCAUCUUGAUCAUCAGAUUCAGAUUCAGAUCCAGUAGGUAAAGAGAGCUGCUGUCACUGACGAGUUGAACCUCGUGGGAAAUCCCGCUUCCCAUCAGAACGUAUCAUGACAUCCCCAAAUUCUUUGGACCUUCCUGCUAGUAGUAACAACAAGCUGAGCUAUGUGGCCUGCCACCUUUGUCGGGAUCCUCUGUUGCAGCAACACUCAUGGGGAUUGUGGGUUUCCAUGACCAAAGAAGAAGCGGCCAGAGAAGACCAGCCGCCGCUGUUGGUAGUGGGAGGCGUCGACCAUUCCCUGUUUGAGCAUCGCAUCCGGUGGGCCUUUUGUACACGAUCACCUCCGGAACCCAAAGUGAUUUGGAAAUACAACACAUACGGAUUCGAUCUAUGGAAAAGCUACUUUGCCCUCUUGCCGCCUCACCCACAAGAGCCAAGAACACUUCUGCCAGGAGAUGUCAUCGUAGGCGUCAAUGGCCUUCCCGUCUCCGCCUUUGGAGGAAACAUUCGCAAUGUGACGACGUACAUGCAACAAUGUACACAGGUAUUUCUAGUCGCAGUGCGAGUCAGCAGCAGCACUUCUUCUACUUUACUCCCUCAUCAUGACAGCAAUAUGAAGCACAAGAUGACUUCACAACGGGCACAGCAGAUUCUGCAGCUCAUGGAUCAUGCUGGAUUUGCUCCAAUGCAAAUUCCACAUUCGCCAACUCCAACGACGACGAUGCAUGGUUGGUCGCCGCCGCCUCCUCCUUCUUCUUUGUCCAAGAGCUUCAUGCCUUCACCGCAAUCAUCGUCGUCGUAUCCAACCAAACCACAACAACUUGCCCGUAUUGUCACACCCGACACGAAAAAGACAAGCUCUCUGCCAUUGGAGUCGGCGCCCAAGGUACCGUCGUCAACAUCAUGGGCCAUGUCAAAGACCAACAGCAGCCAUCCCAAGACGUCAUCAAACACCAACACCUCAACAACAACUACCAACAAGCAAUCCAAUGCCAACCACAACAGCAACCACUACAACAGUCCAGCGGCUCAAAGGAUUCUUUUCCCAAUGUCCUAUUUUUGUCAUCGAAAUCCCAUGUUUCGCGAAACCAAACGCGACGACGACGACGACAAGACAACCUCCACCAGCCAUACAACAACGACAGUCGUCCAACACUUGCCCUACGAUGACGACAUUAUCGAAAUUGAUCUUGAAGAAGGAUGUCACAGCAGCAAGUUUCUCGUCAAAAUUGAUUCGGCCAACUUUCAACAGUGGAUGGCAGACCGCAAGCAAAAGUGGAGGUCGAAAUGGAACGUCGCGGUGGCAGCAAGGACACAACGAAUAAUCAUGGCAUGGAAUGGAACGGCAGAACCAAUUCGAUGGACCAAUCCCAUGUUUCGCGAGUGCAGCAGUGAUGAUGAUGACGACGACAACAACAGUAACGAACAAUCUUCAUGUACAGCAACGACCAGUGCUGCUACUACUUCAACAAAGAAGAACAUUCCCUACAGCGACAAUCUAACCUUUGAUCCUUUGGAUGGAACACGCAGCAAAUACUUCAUGUCCAAGAUUGACUCGUCCAAUUUUUCACAGUGGCUGUCCAAUCGCAAACGAAAAUGGAGAUCCAAUUGGAAUACAUAUCCAGUGGAAGCCCACCACGACGAAGACAGCCACUACUACAGUACCGAUCGUGCAGAACGCAACGAAUGCGCGGUCCGUUACGACUUUUGGGCUGUAAACAGUGAGGUCGACGGGGAACGAUUUGAUUCCUUUCCAUCCUGGUUGACAACCCGAACAAGUCAAUGGAAGAAUCUGUACUCUUGGAACUCGACCAAACGACGAAAGAUCCAAGAGAUGAGAGAAGAGGUGGUCAAGUAUGCCGACCAUGCGGGAUUCCAGCAAUGGCUACGAGUGCGGAAGAACCACUGGCGGAUCUUGCGACGCCAACGACAGCGCCGUCUGCAAGAGGAAAGGGAACAAAGGAGCAACAACAACAACAAUCCGCAAUCGUCGAAAAUUCUGUCGACACCCAUCAAAUCGACUGGCAAGGAGAAGCGUGUUUCGUGCAGCAACCAUGUCGUUUCGGGGGAAUUUCGACACAUUGACGCCUUGUUGGAAGAGGAAGAGCGCAAGCAAAAAAGCCUCGAGCAACGCAAACCAAUUGAUAUCUCCUUUCUCUUCUUCCCGUCGAAAGGCUGUCCCGACGACGUGGCGGCUCACUGCCUCAAGUUCUUGCCUCCUGCCGAACAUGGAAAACUGCUGUGCAUCAGCAAGUCAUUCUCCAAGGGGAUCGCGCAACGGGAAGAAAUGUGGAAACGCCUCUGUCCCAAGAACUGGAGUCUGCCUCGCCGUCCACGGAAACCUUGGCACGAAAUCUACCUGUCCAAAUUGCGCAUGGAGGCGUGCUCGUCGCAGAAACAGUGGGAUGACUUGCUGACCAAAGUUGCGGAGGUUCUCAUGAAGGGAGAUCAGCUCAAAGUGGUCCAGAGGUUGAUUGCGGCUGCCGAAAAGAAGUUCAACUUCACAGUGGACUACAUUUCGGGGGUGGUGUGCGAGCGCAACUCCCUUCUCAACCUUGCCGUGAUACACCAACGGCACAAAGUGGCUCACUGGUUUAUAGAACAGAAGAAUGCCGACAUUGAGACGAGCGACCGAGGACACUUUACACCUCUCUUGAAUGCUGCGUGGUGCGGCGACAAGAAAAUGGUUCGCUAUCUUCUGCAAAGGGGGGCCAAUCGGAGCAACAUUGGUAUGGGGCACUCCUCUUGUGCGCUGGCCACAAGCGAUUUCAAGGGACUGACAGCAUCGGGAUGGGCCGAAAAAAGGGGGUUUCCAGAUAUAGCAGAACUAUUGCAGAACGGACUCUAACGAUUACAUGUAAUGGCAAAAUUGUUUUCAGUACUAGGUCCU